GCGCACUUGAAUUCUAGCUAUGAGUCGCCAAAGGGGGGAUGAUCCGUUGAACUGCGACGUACUGUCGUUGGACGACCCCGUGACCCCCAUGACCGCUCGCCCUACGUCUUCGUCGGGGCGCAGUAAACCCAAAGCCAAAGACAAGUCCGAGUUUCGGCGGUACUUUGACCAGAACGAGCUUCCCAUGACUGUGGAGACACAAAAUGGCGACCGCAACAUCGUGUGGACCACUCCGUUGGAAACUCUGGAUUAUACCCACAUCCUUCCCAUUUGCUGCAGUGGACUGCAGGAGUCCGUUGAGCCGUAUCCGUCGUUGGCUUUCAAAGCCACGAUGGAGCUGCUAGAACAUGGUAUGGCAGACACGCGGGUGCUCAAGUCGUUGGCAUCUAUAAUGUCGCAUGUCAAGGCGGCGCUGAGUACGCGGGACAAGGAAGUGGUGCAUCGGGUGUUGUUGGUCGUGCAACAGUUGGCCGUGUGCGACGGAGUGGGGGAAGCAUUGGGGGAAUACUAUCGCGCGAUCCUGCCAUUGUGCAAUUUGCUCAAAGACAAGCGACUCGGGACAGGAGACAGUAUGACCAAGGAACUGAUCCAAGACACUCUGGAAAUCCUCGACGCUUACGGCAAGGACGACGCACACCACCAGAUUCAACACCACGUGCCGGGGUUUCAGCAUUGCGGAAUCAAGUAGUAAUCAAAGAGUCAAGUAGUAGCUCAAGUCUACUGCAGCAGUUAGUAGGAAACUCUUUGCUUAUGGGAACUGCGUGUGAUACUGUGCUGUAAAACGAUGUCACUGUAUCCAUGCAUUACGAGUUGCAGCCCAUUCAAAG